UGUACUAGUCGGUGUCGUGUCGUGACCGCAUGUACUGAUAUAAGUUACUUCAGUUAUAAAUAGAUAAACAGCACUUACAUGUAUUUAUUGUAUGUAUGAUCUUUAAUUAAUGCAUAUUAACAAACGCGCACGUAUAGAAUCUUGUCUUAAUUGACUGUUUUGUUUAUCAUGAUGGACUGUGUUGACUUUCUCUAACUGGAUAAAAUUUAAACCGGCAGACGACCGUUAGAUGACGCUCUAAAUUGGAAGGACACGCACAUACGUCAUCAAAGCUAAAUAUAGCAAUAAAUCUGUAGAGAGGAGGGGCGUAAUAGCCAUACAGUAUCUGACAGUGAAUCGAUCGAUCCUCACUUGAUACAAGAGAUGAAAACAACAACACUACAUGCUGUACGUAGAAAACAAGAAUAAUAAUACGAUAUAAACGUAGGCGAUAUUACUUUCAACGGAAUAGUGCAGUUCUGAUAGUAACUUAGUACAGACGUUGUGAAACAAAACUGACGGAUAUUCAUAACGUUAUUUAUUGUGUGUUAAAACAGUAUUAAUAAGUGAUAAAAUACAAACAAGAUGCAUGUGGAAGUGAAUGUUGCGCUAAAUUUUGUUAUAUCUUAUUUGUACAAUAAAUUACCUAGACGAAGAGUGGAUUUAUUCGGAACAGAACUUGAGAAGGGGUUGAAAAAGAAAUUCGAAGGACACUGGUACCCUGACCAGCCGGUCAAAGGGUCUGGUUUCCGGUGUGUGAGAGUAAAUGGAGAGAAAAUAGAUCCCGUGAUAAUACAGGCGGCAAGUUCAGUUGGAUUGAACUUGGACGAGAUGCAGGAUUAUUUACCUAAAGAACUGACCAUAUGGAUUGAUCCAAACGAGGUUUCCUACAGGAUAGGGGAAAAGGGACAGGUAAAAAUUUUGUACAGUGAUAAGACUUUUGAAGAAAAUAAUGAAACAGAAGACCAUGAGGUGCAGGUCACCAACCGAGGGUUCAAUCCUGAGGCUCAGGCGUUUAAUCCAGAUGCGGAGUCGUUUGAGCCAAUUGAUAGGCUCUCUGCCUCGUUAGGUACUCUCAAUCUGUCUCCACACUCGGGUGGUUUAUCACCUUCAGAUAUCUCACCUGUAUCAUCAUCUUCAUGGGGAGGUAGCCAGUCAACAUCUCCUUCCGGUGGAGCUCCAUUCCCAUCAUUAAGUAGAGCAACUUCUCCACCACCAGUAGCGUACGCUCCUAAACGCCAGGGUAACCAACUGUUCACAACGGCAACAUUUGCACAAACAAAAUUCGGUUCUACAAAACUUAAGUCGAAUGCCAAACGCCCAACUCGGCUUUCACCGACUGAAUUUGGAAAUUUCUUCCGCCAAAAGGCUGUGCCAAAUAAUGUACAGUACCCUGGAUUAACAACCCCUCCUCGCUCUCGAUCCCUGUCACCACGUGACCCGAGAGUAGAAUUUCUCAUAGAUCAGCAGCAACGUUUCAUACACAAUCAGCAUCAGCAACAGCUUCAACAACAAUUUCAGCAGCAACAACAAAUGUUGCAUCAACAGCAACUCAGCUACCAAUUGCAACAACAACAGCAACAACAAUUUCAGCAACAACAAAAUCGACUUGGUAUUCCAUCCGAACACCACUUCAUCGGUAAUUCUACUCAACAUGUGUCCGGUUCACUUCAUGAAAUGUUUUCCGGUCCUUCGCCGCUUCAGUCACCGGUUCCAUCUCCGAUGUCCCCAGGUAGUCAUCCCAGCAGCCAAUCUGUGCUUCCAUCUCCUCAGUCCCAACUUCUCCAAGGUCACCAAGGGCAACAAUCUCCCGGCCAAUCACCAUUGAGCAUAGGAAGCCAGUCAUCUGCGAAUUCCCUCCAAAUCUCGCCCGAGAAUCAGAAAGCGUUAUUCGAUGGAUUAGGUCUAAAUAAUGGACCUUAUUCUUCAACAAGCCAGUAUCAUCAUCUUCUUCUUGCCAGUUAAAACAGAUUCGUUUGAAUUUAUGAUAGAUCUCUACGGUUAGAGUUGUGAUUGGUCGAAUGAUUCCAUUAGCCUAAGAAAAGAGUGUAUUUUUCCAGAAAGCUAACGUCCACUUUAUUUUUGUAACAUAAACAAUUACAUUUGAGACACUGUCUUCUAUUUGACAAAAUGUCUUCUAAAGUGUUUCAUAUUUAUACAGUGUGGUAAACUUAGAGAUUGUUAGAUAUUUUUUUCCUGUGGAAUUUACGUGUUAUUCAUAUAUUGAUCACGGAAAAUUAAUUAGUUUAGAUUCUGAUAGAAUAGGUUGAAAUAGAUUUUAUAUUAUGUUUUUUAUACAUUUCUGUUAUAUUGCAUAUCAUUUUUGUUAUUUUUUGUAAGGCUUUUGUUUAUUUGUUUGUCUUAAUUUAUAAACAGGCUGGGUGGCCAGUGCAUUUCGUUUGGACAUUAUUGAAUGUUUUGUUUAGAUUUUAUACCUGUAGAAGAAUUAUUUAUUGUAAAUGUACAUAACGUACCAGUUGGCUUGUAAACAGUUAUAGGUCAAAUGUUUUAUUAUGACAAUAUUUGGUAUUUAUCAUUCCCUGGACUGUUUCCAGAGAUAUUUAAGUAUUGUUAGAUGUAAAUAAACAAAUAUUUCGAGGAAUACUUAAUGCAAAUUUCGGGGGCAUUUAAGCAGACACAUAUUUGUGGUAAUAACCAACUAACUUUGUAUACUCAUCACUUAAUAUCACCUUCAUAAGAUUUGCACUGCAUUGAAUUUUGGAAAUAGAUGAAAGAAAAUCGAUCUGUAUAACAAUGACUUCUCGAUAAUUGAUAUUGUUUGUAAUGGCAUUUAAUUAUAUCUUUACUAGUCGUACAUGAACUAUUAAUGCCAAAGGGUGAGAUAACCAGAUAAAUUGAUAUAUGAAUAUUAUAAUUAAAAAAUAAAUAAAACAGAUCUUUUGUUAGUGAAAUGUGUAAAAUAUAUGAUAGCAAAAGGGCAAACGAAGUACUUUAUUGGUAUUUCGUGACGUUUCUUUCUUAUUUACUGGUAACUUGCCUGAAAAAAGUGAAAUAUUUAAAUGUAAACGGUUGUGACAUUUUCAGCAUUAUGUUUCCUUUAACAACAUGUUUCUAAAUGUAACAUCUGGUGUUCUGGUGUUAAGCAUCGUUAGGCAACAUGUUUAAUCUGUCAUUACACCACAUAGUCAAAUUUAUAUUUUGUUGUUGUUAUUGUUGUUGGAAAAUUAUUUUUACAUGUAAAUGUAUAUGUAUGGGAUGUCUUGACUAUUGUAGCAUUCAAGCUGUAAUUACGUCUGUAAUUUCCAAUAUUGCGCCAAUAUUUCAAUGAUUUUUUCAUUUCCUUAUUGUUAUCACAUCAAAUAAGUAUUUUUGAUGAACUUGUGAGUGAAAAAAAGAAAUACGUGAAAUUAUUUAUCAACAAAUUGCACAAAGUUUAACUUUGAUUAUGUCUACCAGUUACAGACGAAAAAUGUCAAAAAUAUUUCCGUAAGCAUUCGUAUAAUUCCGGAGUUUGCCGUUGUCAUUUUAGGUCUUAAAUGUACACAACGCUUCGAAUAUUUAUAUACAUGCAGCUUCAAUUUUCUCAUUACUAUUGUUAUUUAAGCAUAUGUGUCAUAUGGGAACUGUUUUAAAGUUUAUGUGUACAUGUAUGUUGCCAGAGAAACACAGUAGAUUUUUACAUAAUGUUUAUUAUUCCUUACAUACUUUGUAUAUAUAGAUGUUACAUAGUGGUGAAGGUUAUAUAUAUAUAUAUAUAUUUAUACUUAUAUAAGAAAUAUUUAUCGUGUAUUUAUAUAUUGGUUAUUUGUUUUUGUGACAAAUUGUAUAUAUUGAUAAUUUAUUUUCAUAUUGUUAAAAUCAGUUCAUUUAUUAAAAACGCUUUUAUUAGUCUAGCUAUUUUGUAGAUUUUAGACAGGACAUGCCCUUUUAUGGGCUUCAAACUGUUUGGACUUGUUUUAUACGUUAUAUAGUCGGGGUAUUGAAUUAAUGAGAGCAAUAUGGUGUGGGAUAUGCUGUCCCGUACAUACGUUGUCUGAGAAUAUUGACUUCCGGUUUAAAAACGCCAAUAUUCUGUUAAAUAUGUGGGCAUUCGGCAUUUGUUUUUCUUUGCUGAUUUGUCAAUCAUGGUUUCAUUUUUACCACGCAAUGUUCACACACUUGUAAGAUAAAUUACUUGCUAUUCAUCCUAUUACUUCAUUCAGAGACAUUCGUUAUUUCCAAGUGUCCAAUAGAAGAAAUGCUUUUAUAUCACAGGUUGACUGUCCUUUCUCCUUGAGGGGGUGUCAUUUUUCUGUUUGUAAGACCAAAUUGGUUUUCCCGUAGUUUUAUUAUUAAUUAAGAUAAAAGUACGUCAGAAUGUGUCCAUUAAACAUUUCAAUACGUUACUUAUGAAUUUUAAUUUAAAUAAUAUCAAUUGAGAAGAUAUGUUUAGAUAUUUUCAAACAAAGGAAGUUGAGAAAUGAACAAGGAAGGUGUGUUAAUGAUGUCAAAUAAUACACUAUUUCUUUGGAUAAAAUGUAUUACGUUUAUCCGUAACCUGCUGAAUUUCUUAAAUGGAUUUGCCCAACAUCUAUUUUUGGAACUGUCCAUUAUCAAAUUUGGGGAUAUCAAAAUCAAAGAUUUCAUGUUAGUCAAGGAACAAUAUAGAGUCUGGAGAGACUACACAUGUGUAGACCAGCCUGGUUCUAUAUUUGUGACAAAACUUUGUCACUUAUAGCAGGGUAAGAGUAAAAUAAAAUAAAAAAUGUGACUGAAAAGUUUAAAAACGUUUAUAACAGAUCAAUAUAGACCCAACCAAAUAGAUCAAUAUAUAUAUCAUCCAAUGUAUUUUACUAUUUACAUAUAUAAGUUAAGUAUCUGGUAUUGUUCACCAUCUGUUGCAAGUUUGAAAAGCAACAGUUUGCUGUUUAAGGUGUAAGCGAGAUCGUUAACGAAAUAAAUCUUGCUAGCUAAGCAACUUCUAUUCGCCUACGUUCCCAACUACAAAUAAUUGGAAAUAUUGAUCCGUGGAUAAUGCAAAGUACGACAGCUUGUUAUAUCUACGGAGCGUUUUAUUCGAAAAUAUCCUGUUGACUGUUUAGGAAAAAGAUUGGGUCUGUAAGUUAUGCUAUAUGUACGAUAGUUCACAUUUUAUUUAUUUAUUGAUACAGAUGAAAUUUUAAGUACAAUGAUCCCAGACAUGUGCUCGUGUGGGUGGAACAUUAAAUUAGCAUUUGUUGGUGAUGCUGUAAUUAUGUAGGCAUUGAAAGUAAUUAUUCUAAGAUUGAUACUUGUGCGAUCAUUCCUGUAAAUUAUGAAAAAUAUAAGAAUUUUUUUAUUUUUACAAAGUAUAACAGUCCACAUGACGUACAUGAUAUAAAACAUUGAACAUAUUUGUACUGUAGAAGAAUACGUUUGAACCUUUUUUCCUACACACAGUAUGAUUCCCUAUAUAUUUAUAUUACGUGACUUAAAUUUCUUACAUUUCCAGUAAGAACUAAUGUUAAGUUAGGUUUUAGGGUGAACUUAACGUAAGAUAAUGUUUUUCUACGGAGUUUCCUUUUUCUCUGGCUUUAUAGGAUAUUUGUUCCUACAUUUUAUGUUAGUUUGUUACAAUUGAAUUAAUAUAUACAGGACUUUGUAUAACUAGUGACGGGUAGGACUAGUUUUGGGAGUUUUAUAUGAUUUAUAAGUGAAUCUGUGAUAGUUAACUAUAGUAUGUGACACAAAUUGGUAUAAUUUUAUGUUGAAAUCAGGGCGUGCAUCUUUUUGUAGUUUUUUGUGACCCUUUUAAAGAGUAUCUGAUAUCUUUUUGAGAUUAAAAGGGAAAUACAUGAACUUGCUAUAAUUAGAUACUUUCAAAACCGUUAAAACUUAAAAUUAGAAAUAACUAUCAAUAACAUUUACAUUUAAAAAUUUCAGAGCUGUUUGGUCAUUAGCGUACGUUUUAUAGCACCAAUUCCCUGAAUUUCAAACUAAAUGGUGGGUUAAUGUUUUAUGCUUCACUUUGAGGGCGAAUUUGUCUAGGAUAUAACUUUGUGGGUUAUUACGUACAUACUUGUUUUUAUUUCAACUUUUUUUUAUUAAUUUAAUGAAUCAUAUAAAUUAUUGUAGAAAUCCUGAAAAAAAAUCUGUCGGUAACUUAAAAAUUUACUUUAUUUGAUGUAAAUGUUAUAAAAGUACACAUUAUCUAGUAUACUUAUCAUAAAGUCUUACCUUAGACAUUUAACACUUGAUUUAAUGUACCUGGAAAUCUAUAUACGUUCUAUAAAUAGAACAGACGCUGGCAUUAGUUAAGAAUGGAUACCACGGAUACGGUGCAGCAUAAUGACGUCAAUUUUAGUAAAUAUGGAACUUAUAAAACAAUGGAUACAUUUGUUGUGGAUCAUAAAUAUACUAUAUUAUAAUACACAGUUGUUUUUGUUUAUACUAUGAGAUAUUUCUAAGUUUGUAAUAAAAUAUAUUGUUAAUUGA